AUGAGCUACUAUCUUAUCACAGGUUCGGAAGAGGUAGUACUGUCCAGUAUACCAUCACAACUGUUGGAAUGCUAUCUAGGCGGUGGACCUAUUCUGAAAGCUCCGAGAAGACUUGACGUAUUUCUCUCGCUUCUAAGGCGGUUGGAAGUGAAUACACGUCUAGAUAUGAGACUCUUUAGUACUGCUUUGCUAAGAAGUCUUCGCUUAGAUGGUAUUGAACAAGCCGCUAACACUUUAGAAACAGAAUUUGUUUUGCCGUAUCGAGCUUCUGCCUUUCAAUUUCAUAAAUACAAGCUUCUUAUGGAAUUGUUUCUACCGAGUCAGCCUGAACUGAUAAAUGUCGAUGAAAGUCUUAACAGUGUAGAGAAGUGUCUUCUCCACAAAAUGAUGAGUUCGACAGUACAGCCGUGGGAGAGAGGCGAUGAAAAUGUUGUUUGCCCGAUAUCCAUACAACAUCGACAGAUGCAACAAAGCGCAAAUAGUUACAGAAUUUUUAGUAGAUGUCCUAUAGAAGACGGAGUUAUUCAGACAACAUGGGGUACUAUAUCACCAGGUACGUUGAUAGCCGCACUUGCCUCUUCUCUGGAAGCGCAACGAGUGGCUGUCCAGGAUAUUUUGGGCGCAAACAUAUUUCGUGAAGAAGUAUCUCAAUCGUUAAUAGACUCAGCUGUAAAAGAUUGGUAUAUAAAAACGGGAGCAUUUGAAAUCGAUGACAUAAAUGAUGUGAAUUCUGAAACGAAUAAUGAUAUAAGUAACAUAUGGGCAGCAACUUUAGCAGGUGAUUUAGCUGAGGUUGUAGUAAACCAAGGUCCUAGAGUUGGAGCAUCUUCACAGCAUUUCAUGAUCGGUAGCAGUAACCGAUGGAAUGACACUCUUCUGCCGCGGGAUUAUUAUCUGUUUCGCAGUAAUGAGACAUUACCAAAUUGGCAUUUCACGGAUGCGGAAAUUUUAGCUGGUAUUGACGGUCUCAUAUUAGCUAAUCAUUUGCCUACAUGGGUCGCUCAACGACGAAGUUUACGGUUAUCGCAAGUAAUAGAGAUGUAUUAUUCUAAUGAAGGGGUAUCAUUCGACCCGUCCGUCCGCGCUUGUAACAGACACGCGUUGUUCUCAAACAUCACAAGAUCGCAACUGUUUACUGAAACAUCUAGAUUGGCACACAUUCUAUCGCUCCGACAGAUAAGUGUUUACAUACCUAAGGAUGAAAUGGAAAGAAUCACUGAUGCAGCCGUAACGGCUUUUAUGGAUUAUGUUCCGUCAAUACUAAGCUUGUACCACCAGGAAUGCACGAAGGAUCACAGCGUUUCAACAAUCGAUCUGAUUGUUGCCACUGACUCUAGUUGGAACGGUUAUGAAGUAGAACAGUUUAUGUCAUGGAUAGGUGGUGCAUUAGAAUUGGAGGCUCGUCGCAGUACAGUAGCCCUGGUACAUGGCAACACCGGUGAUUGGAUUGUACCUCCCGCAAGCAACUUGACCAGCCUCUUUACUACCAUCGCUAAUAACAUCAUUGAAUGGCCAAACCGUCUUAAUCUACCGAACGUUAUAUCGAAGAUCAUCCAACACAGUCUAAACCAGUCUUUACAAGAUAUAUCAGACAUGAAAAGCGCUGGACACAACACCGUUGUCCUCAUAAUAAGUCCUUCAGAUCGGCCGUCGAUUAAUGACAUUGACAGAUCGAGAGCCCUUGUGUUUUCCCUGCGAAGUAGUUUCUUUGACAUAUUUUUAGCUUACGUAGCACAGGAUAUGACAGAAUUCAAAAAUAUAAACUACGAUUAUCUUGAUUACUCGGAAUUAUUUUUAACGGUUGAUUCAAAAUCUGUUCAAGACGUCAUGAACAAAGUAGAUACAAACUUGAUAAAAUCCAACAUACCAUCUAGAAUAAUCGGACCUCAAUGUAGAGUUAACGACACUGAAUUCUAUCAAGUUCCAUACGAGGAUUUCGUGUUGCCAGGUCGAGAACAAACGUACCGCAUUCACCCGUUCUACUUGCAACAACAACCUAUCCUAUAUGUUCAGUUCCGUAACGAUGGCCAAGGACAAAUACUGGUGUGCCAGUGGCGUGGUGCUGAGGGGUCUCGCAAUUGCCACGUUCUAGCGGAGCGGUCAGUCUACAUAUUCAACAUAACAAACCCGUGUCCGUCACCGGAGUUUUGUCUUCCAGCACAUUUUGCUGUUUCAGCGGUAACUACACAAAACUUGUGCGCACAUAACGAGUGUCGCUUACCUAAUCAAGUAGGUUAUUACAUCCAACAUGUUGGUUUACGCUGUUUGCCGCUUAUGGGGUCCGCGACCACAUUGUCUUGUUUUAAAGUGUACCUUGUGCUUCCUCUCCUGAUCUCUUUAUGGUAUUAUAUAAAUUAAAAACUGAA